GUAGGCAGUUUUGCAUGUGGCACAGCACAUGGCAUAUCAUAGUUGUCUGAAAAUCCUACUACAAAUAGAGGGAUGGAUAUAAGGCUUUCAAAAGGGCAGAGUUGCUUGUUUCUAGUUAUCAAAGAAAAGAGGCACAGACAAUAUGCCUCUUCGUGUGAUCUAGGAGUAGGACCCAUCAAUUCAACUUGGGUUUCACUUUCACCCAUUUUCAUCACAAGGGCCGUUAGGCCCGGAACUGUAUAUAUAGGCCCAAAACACAUUUGGGCCGACAACGACGAUGAUUACGUGGAGGAAUUGUAGGCGGUGGUCAAAUGUCGUCUUCUUCUUCUUCUUCACACUGAAACAGUCCUUGAUCGUAUUCGUGCUAGUAAACUCCGCUCCCUUAUCCUCUUCCUUGUCCCAAUUUUCCACCGAGUUUACAUGGAAGAAGCCAAUUCAUUUUCCGAACCGACUCAUCAUGGCUGGCAGAAAGUCACCUACGCCAAGAAACACCGCAAGACCACGCCCUCCGACUCUUCCAAACUCCAAGGAUCCGCUAAAAAUGUAGGCUUGGAGAAGCAUGCAGAGGAAUUGGAGGAGCAGCCCGCGUUUUAUGAUGACGACGACGAAAUUCUGGUGAGCUCGAACAAGGAUCGGGACGAUGACGAAGACCAAGAGAACUCUGCCAAGGCCAGUAAGGAUAAGCCGAAGAAGAUUAAGAAGCUUAAGAUCACGGUAGCUGAGGCCGCCGCCAACAUCGCUGCUGAUGAUCUCGCCGCUUUUCUCUCCAGCAUUUCGGAAUCGUAUGAAGGCCAGCAAGGCAUUCAAUUGAUGAGGUUUGCGGACUAUUUUGGGCGAGCAUUUUCAGCAGUGAGUGUGUCACAGUUUCCGUGGCUCAGAUUGUUCAGGGAGUCUGCCGUGGCUAAAAUUGCUGAUGUUCCUGUUUCUUAUAUUUCUGACUCUGUUUACAAGACAUCAGUUGACUGGAUAAAUCAUCAUUCCUAUGAUGCAUUAGGGACAUUUGUGUUAUGGUCACUGGAUAGCAUUUUUGCUGACUUGGCAACCCAACUAUUGGGUUCUAAGGGUUCAAAGAAAGGAGGCCAGCCUACAUCUUCAAAGUCUCAGGUUGCUAUUUUUUUAGUUUUGGCUAUGGUGUUGCGGCGGAAGCCAGAGGUACUAAUCCAUUUAUUACCCAAGUUGAGGGAAAACUCAAAGUACCUUGGACAAGAUAAACUUCCAGUUCUUGUAUGGAUGAUCAUACAGGCCUCUCAAGGAGAUUUACCUGUAGGAUUGUACAUAUGGGCACAUUUUAUCUUGCCAAUAAUUGGUGGAAAAUCAGGAUCUAAUCCUCAGUCCAGGGACUUGGUUUUGCAGCUAGCAGAGAGAAUUCUUGCUGCGCCAAAAGCUCGUAGUGUACUAGUUAAUAAUGCUGUCAGGAAAGGGGAGCGCUUAGUAUCACCUGCAGCACUAGACCUACUUUUGCAUGCAACAUUUCCGGCAUCUUCUGCAAGAGUUAAGGCUACUGAAAGAUUUGAGGCAAUUUACCCAACUCUUAAAGAGGUUGCUCUUGCGGGUUCUCCCGGAAGCAAAGCAAUGAAGCAAGUAUCACAGCAGAUGCAGUCUAUUGUUGUCAAAGCAGCCGGAGAAGGUAUCCCCGCUUUGUCCGAGGAAGCAACAAGCAUUUUCAUUUGGUGCUUGACCCAUAAUCCAGACUGCUAUAAACAAUGGGACAAAGUUUAUGAGGAGAACAUAGAGGCCAGCGCUGCUACCUUGAGGAAGCUUUCUGAGGAGUGGAAGAUACUUUCUUUUGAACAGUCUUGUCUUCAAACACUUGGUGAAACUCUUAGGAGUUUCAGGCUAAAGAAUGAGAAGGCGUUGAGUGGUGGAGUGGAUGUUAGCCGCCAAAGUAACUUUAGGGAGGCUGAUAAGUACUGCAAGGCAAUGCUGGGAAGGGUUUCCGGUGGUCGUGGUUGCAUGAAAAGCUUGGCCUUUACUGUUGUGAUGCUAGCUGUGGGAGCCCUCGUGAGCUUCGAUGCAUGGGAUUGGAACAAGUUGUCAGUUAUGCUCAAAACACAAGCAUCCUUGUGAGCAAAACUUGCAACAUCUGCCUAAAAAUAAAGUUGCCCUUGUGUAACAGAAUCGUUUCUGUGAGUGGAACGGUUAUGUUGUUAUUUUGUUUCAUUUACAUGUAGAGAGGAGACCAAAGACGUUGAGGCUAAAUAAUGAAAUUGUGGAUGGAUUUGGUUUACAUGAAAUAAAUAGGGUAUAGUAUUCAUA